GAUGGCCGCCCUGCAAGGAGUGAAGGUUCUUGAAUUCGCUGGACUUGCCCCAGUGCCGUACGCGGGAAUGAUUCUGGCCGAUUUUGGGGCUUCCGUUACUCGUAUAGACAGGGUUAAACAAACAGGUCUUGAAGUAAUGGACCGUUUAGGGCGAGGAAAGAGAUCUGCAGCCAUUGACCUGCGCAGCGCGAAAGGUGUCGAGAUUGUCAAAAGGUUAUCGCAGAAUUCUGAUGUGCUUAUUGAACCGUUUCGACCUGGAGUGAUGGAAAAACUCGGACUUGGACCAGAAAUACUCAUGAAAGAUAACCCCAGGCUUAUUUAUGCUAGAGUGACUGGAUUUGGUCAACAAGGGCCUCUCAGCACCAUGUCAGGUCAUGAUAUUAACUAUGCGGGUAUAUCAGGAACUUUGUCAAUGAUUGGUCGCCGAGGUGAGAAACCUAUUCCACCGUUAAAUAUUCUUGCUGACUUUGCUGGUGGUGGUUUGAUGUGUGAUCUGGGAAUCAUGAUGGCUUUGUUUGAGAGAAACAAGUCUGGCAAAGGACAAGUGGUUGAUGCUUCAAUGGUGAAUGGGGUAGCAUAUUUAUCAUCAUUUGUUCAUAAGACAUCGGAAGUUGGGCUCUGGUCUGGUGAACGUGGUACCAACUUGCUUGACAGUGGUGCACCAUUUUACGACACAUACCUGACCGCUGAUGGCCAGUAUGUUGCCGUUGGGGCCUUGGAAGCAAAGUUCUUUAAAAUUCUCCUUAAAGAACUUUCCCUAGAGGAAGAAUUUCCUAAUCAAUUGGAUAUGAGCGAUUGGCCGAAAAUGCGGAAAAGGUUCAGCGAAAUAUUUCGCUCGAAAACACGGCAGGAAUGGUCCGACAUUUUUGACGGUAAAGAUGCCUGUGUGACACCAGUUUUGGGACUUUCUGAGGCUACAAAACAUCCACACAACCUAGCCAAUGACGCGUUUCUACAAAACUCCGAUGGUACAUGCGAGCCCACGCCAGCUCCAAAGCUUUCAAGAACACCUGGUAAGCCGAGGGAUACGGAACAGCCCAAACCGGGUCAACACACGAGGGAAGUGUUGCAGGAAUGUGGAUAUUCACUGGCGAGUAUAUGCGAGCUUGAAGAGUCUGGAGUGAUUUAUUGCGGCAAGUUGAAGUCUUCCUUAUAAUGACGAUGUUAGAGGUA